AUAACUGAGUUCUCGACGUCGUCCGAGGAGCCAGCCGUUUUGACUUUACAUACAUUCGGCCUUCUGUUCGACUCUGGAGUAACGUCAUGCCCUCUUCUCGACCCUUUCGACCUCGACGCCAAACCCCACGGGUGUCCAAAGCAUGCCACCAUUGCCGCGCCGGCAAGGUCAAAUGUGAUGGAGCCAAGCCUCAGUGCGGCACUUGCACUCGCCAGUCUCGAGAAUGCGAGUACACCACCGUCGAUGGUCGGAAGACCCGCCACUCGGAAGCCGAGUUUCUUGCCCUGAGGAACCGGAUCGCUUUUCUCGAGUCACGGCUGACAGCGAGCCAACCCAUUCCGUCGAAAGAGGGCCAUGACACGCAACUAGUAACUCACAGCGGCUGUAAUACACCACAACCUCCCUGCCGAGAAGAAGAUGUUGCUGCGCUAGAGGCCAACGACGAGCAGAGGGCAUGGGCCAUUGGAACAAAUGGCGCCGAUAACGUUGUUGGCGUUCUCAGAACCCCCGAGUACUGGCAAAUUGACGAACUGUUCCCAGGCCUGACCCCGACGGCGCACUCGGAAUCGUCACUCCUUCAAGUCUUCGUCUCUAUUCUCGGAAGUUUCUGGAAUGACAGAACUAGCGGGAAGAGGCUCUACGUUGGUCCAACCAGCAACCUGCACCUCUCAGAAGCUCCCGCCCCUCCCAUCGUACCAUCCUCGUGGCUCCAAAGAGUCGUGAGACCGCCUCUUGCCUCCUGUGGAGCAGCACUGCCAGAGGAUGAGCUUCUGAACUGCUACUGGGUCCAUGUCAACCCCCACUUUCAACUAUACAGCUCGGAGCAUGAGAUCAAGAAUCACAUGCGUCGCAACCCUCUUUUGCGUACAUCGGUACUCGCUGUGGGCGGCCUCUUUCUUGAAGCAGGGGAUGCGGAUUCGGAUGAGCGCAGCCUCGUUCGGGACUCGUACAUCGAACGCUGCGUCGAAAGGUUUACCAGACUGAGCGGUGAAGCAAUCGAGGUUGUCUCGCUGUCCAACGUUCAAGCCUUCCUGCUUCGAUCGUAUCUGGCUACGAUGAUGGGGAGACUCGAGUCGGCAACGAUAUUUCUUGGGAUCGCCUGCAACAUGGCCAAGAUUAUGGGCCUCCACGUCAACCCGGAUUCAUUGCGUGGCGGCGACCAGCCCAUGCCACCUACACCGAUCGAUAGCGACAGAAAACGGACAUUUUGGGCUUGCUUCCGGAUGGAUAGAUGCUUGGCGAUACUCGAAGGCCGUGCCGUGCUGAUGGCAGCAUGCGAUAUAUCGGUAGAACCACCGCUCCGGGAAGCACUGAACACGUACAAAAGCCCAGGCGCUGCGACAGUAACGCCAGAGGUACUUUACGCGUUCCACAUUGACCUAGCCGACUUGCAGGAUAAGUGCUUGGGUAAAAUCUUGUGCUAUCACACGGGCCUGCUUCUCCUACACCGGCCCGCGUUGAAAAGCACCGGUCAUCGAGACGACCAUCUGGCAAACAGCCGUUGCUCGGAGUCGGCAUCGGCCAUAGCCGGGCUCCUGAAGGCCUACAGCGACCAGUUCGCCAACUCGGUGGCCGACUCCAUGGUCGUGCACGCGGCCUUCACGGGCGCUCUCGCCCAAAUGGUCCUGCUCGAGCACCCGGAUAUCGCCUCCUACUACAAGACCACCAGGGCGUUGAAGACCAUCGUCGACUUCCUCGUCUGGGUCGGGCCUCGGUCCGAGUACGCACGCAACGUCUACAACGACCUCCGCCAGUUCGCCCUCAAGUGGUCGAUAAAACCGGCGAACUCGCCAACGUUUUGGCAAACCUAGAAUGUGCUGGUAGGUUCUACACCGCCGCCAGUAACUGGAGACCUGUGCCUGCGUCGUAAACUUCAUCUCCAGUUGAUGAAAUCAGGCUUUGAGGGCGGAUUGCUUAGCAUGUGGUACACGCAAACGCCGAGGACCAAGGCCAUUAUACCACGUGUGUGUAUGUUAGAAACGAUGUUGCGCUUAAUCCGUAGUGCCUCUGAGUCCAAGUAUCCCCCUCUUGACUCGACUGGUAGCUGCGCUAGCACCAACUAUAAUUAGGUUCCUAGGAACGACGGUGGGAAAAGACCCUUUUCUGAUCAGAGUGGGCAAGUGUCAACCCACCUUAUUCCAGGAGAGUACAUUACAUUGCCUAAGUGUGAGCCCAAGACUCC